GGGAUUUCUGGCUUCCAACCUUGAUUACAAUGGGCCAGCGUUGGUACAUCAAAUCACUCUUUGUUCAUAUUCUGCACAUUUUCAAGGUUACGGAUUUGUUUGUUGUUCCUCAGCCAGAGCUGUUACCUGUCUCUCUCUCACAGCUACAAACACCCUCCCAAUCAGCAGUGGAAUAAAAGUAUUCCACUUUAUAAUGCCUUGGAUCACUUGAGGAACUUCGUACAGCCUCGUAUCGGAGUGGGAGACUCAUGGGCUACUUUAGUAUGGAACAUGCACAGCAGCUGCUGCACAAUAAGUAUGUGGCUAUCCUGGGGGACUCAAUUCAGAGAUCUGUUUAUAAAGACCUUGUCAAGUUCCUUCAGGACGGAAGCUAUCUGACGGAAAUACAGUUAAAAUGCAAGGGGGAGAAGACCUUUCUAAAGGAUACGUUGGUGGAGGGCGGAGUUCUAGAUGAGAUGCACAAUGGCGUAACUUACAGAGAAGUACGUCAGUACAGCACCGACCAUCAUCUUGUUCGCUUCUACUUCCUGACCCGUAUUUACUCUGACUACAUGGAGAGCAUCUUGUCUGAUUUUAAAGCUGAUUACAAACCAGACGUGCUCAUUAUUAACUCCUGCAUCUGGGAUGUUAACAGAUACAAUGAUAUACAACUUAGAGAGUACAGAUCCAACCUGGAGACACUGUUUAGUCGCCUACGUGAGGUUCUCAAUCCUGAAUGUCUUAUCAUAUGGAAUAUGACCAUGCCUGUGGGCUUCCGGGACACUGAGAUGCCAGAGUAUGUGAAGCACAACCUCCGAUGGGAUGUGAUUGAUGGCAACUUUUACAGUGCGACCUUUGCUAACCUGUACAACGUUGAUGUUAUAGACAUGCACUACCAUUUCCGACUAGAGCUGCCCAACCGCUGCAGGGAUGCUGUGCAUUGGAACCAACUAGCGCACCGCAAAUGCACGCAGAUCCUGCUCUCCCACAUUGCAAAGGCUUGGGGAGUAGAAGUGCCACAAAAACCACAAGGUGCUAGCAUUAGUCGUGCUCCAUCACGCGUGGUCACAUGGCGAAGCGGCAAUGCAGAUCCAUUUGAGAAAGGCCGAGCUCUAGGAAGAGGCAACUGCCAAAGGGAGAAGUUGCCGUUAAUUGGAUCGUACUGUCCUGGAUACACCAGCUUUGAUGAGCGGUCUCAAGACAUUAGAGGAGAAUUUUCCUUUCUGCCUGGCCAGCCUUUGAAGGGUCAUAAUGGGAUGCCGGGAUUUGCUCCCUGCCAUGGGAAUUACCCAAAAGCACAAGAACUGUCGUUUGUAACGGAUACUCCAUUCAUGUUGGACAACUUCACCCCUGGCUACAUCAGCUUUGAUGCCAAUGGGAAUAACAUGGAAGCAGCCCCUUCAAGAGGCCCCUAUCCUUUCCAAGGCAUGAAUAUGAUGAUGAACUUUGCUCCCCACCAACCCUUCCCACCUAUGAACUUUGGUUACUUUCCCGACUAUAAACAAUUUAAUGAUCACCCCAUCCUGCCAAUGAGGAGGCCCAUUAAGCAGCGGGAUGGACGGAUCCACCCUUAUCGCAUACCUGCACCCCUUCCUUCUAGGAUCUACUAAUGGGAAGCCUGUGCUCAACUACUGAACAACUUAACCACUUUUAUGGCACUUUUUGGUAACGGAAGAAUGUUAUUUUUUUUGUAUAUAUGUUUGUGGGGGGCGUUGGUAUUUUCUCCCCACUGUGGCUCUUUGGGAUCUACUUUUCCAGCAGAGCCACAAAUGAAGCUGUGAAGUUGUUGCUAAAUGUUCUAAAGGAAUAUAUAUCUAUUCCUGAGGCCAGUGUUUGUGACCUCUCCCUUCUUAAUACCAAAGCAUUCACAUUUAUUAAUGCCCCGUUGUACAUUCACACUAGUUUUUUUUUUUUUUUUGGACACUUUUUUUUUUUUUUUUCACUGCAUGUUAAAGGGCAAGUCACAAGCACAGAAAAGCCAGGGUUAUGCACUUCCCCUCUGUUCAAUGUGCAUCUGCCUUAUCCUUUCACCCAUAUGAAGGUUUUCACUGCUGCGGGAAUCGGCGGUGACACUCCAGUUGUUUAGCAUGGGGGUGCAGCUGGGUGCAAAAGGAGCAAAUGUUUUUGGUUUAUGGCAUCAGGGAUGUUGGUUUUCUUUUUAAGCAUCCCAUUUCUGCCACUGAAGAAGCAGCCUCUUUCUGCUCGUGGAUUCUGACUCGUACGUUGGUCGUCCUGCUGCUAAAUGUGCGGAUGCUGCUAUAUUUUUCAUUAUUGUUGCUACAUUAUGUAAGAACAAGAUUUCUCUAGUUCACCCAGCUGGAUUGUUGUACAUAUGCUGUGUCUCCUGCAAUUUAUUAUACCUAUCUCAGCCUUCUCCCUUGAGUACAGAACAUGACAUUCCUUGUGAUGGAGGAUGGAGCUGUGCCAAACCAGAGGCCCGUGUGCUGAUAACUAAGAGAAGCCAUUUUUGUAAAGGUCAAGGUACCGGAUUUCUGUAUGUCCAAUUAUAUAGUACGGUUACAAUGUGAGCCUGGUUUUUUUCAGGUUGCGCAGACAACAGUUUAAACUGUGAAGUUGCACUUUAGUGUGAAUAUAUGUACCAACACUUUUUUUUAAUUUUAUUUUCCCCUUGUCACUUGGUUAAAUUUAUCUUUGUCAGUUUUGUUCAUAUUUGUUACUUAUGGAUUCUACUUUUGUUUAAAUAAAGUUUGUUAAAAAUA